AAAAACAUUUUAAUAUUUCCGUGGUGAUAGGCGAUGGGCCUGAUCAAUGAAGGAGGAGGUGAAGAGGCAAGAUAUUAAGAAACAUGUAAGAGCUGACGAACGACAGCCUAUAACUGAACCUACGUUCAAAAAAUAGUGCAAUAAAGAUCACUUGUUGCUUGUACAGGUAGAGAACUCGUCGAACUUGACUUUCAUUUCAAAACUUCGUGGACACUAUAAAUACAUACGGUAACCAAAAGAAAGCAUCAGUUUCAUCUCAUUACCCCGUCGUUCACAUCUGAAUAUACACAGACCACGAUGAACUCGCUGGUGGUGUUCUUAUCUGUAGUGGCGCUCGUCGCCGGCAAGCCCUCGGGAUUACUUCAUGGUGGAGCAGUAGCCUACUCGGCCCCAGCAGUGCUGGCCACCGCCGGCAUCGCGCCCGCCAUCGUCUCGCCCACAGUGUACUCCGCUCCGGCCAUAGCUGCUAUCGCGCCCGCCGCGGUCUCCAGCCAGUCUCGCAUCGACAUCAAGUCCACUCCCGCCAUCACUAGCACUGUGGUCUCUGCCCCCAUCGCCUACGGUGCCUACAGCGCGCCCGUGUACGCCAGUGGAGUAGCUCCUGCCUACCUGAAGACCGAGUUCGCUGCCCCAGCUUUGGCCUCAUACGCCGCCAUCCCCGCUGCCACCGCCAUCGCUGCUCCCACCGUGCCCCUGGACACCCCUGAAGUAGCCGCUGCCCGUGCUGCCCACUUCGAGGCUAAGGCCUUCGCCGAGCACUCCAUCCACAAGAGGUCUGCCCCCUUCAACCACUUGGCUUCCCCUCUCAUCACUUCGUACGCCGCCGCCCAAGUAGUGCCCGCCCUGCACGCCGCCCCUCUUGCGUACUCCGCACCCAUCGCCUACUCCACUCCUCUCAUCACCAAGACUUACGGAGGACUCGCCUGGUGAGCACCACUACAGUAACGGGAGCUAAGCUCUCGGUUCAGAUAAGAUGAACGACGAAUUAUUGAUGGCUGUAAAUAAAGAAAAGUGAAGAAAGCAAA